UUUUGAAGGAAAACUAAAACAGGAGCGACCAAAGGAUCAAAUUGGAAUAUACUCUAACAAGAUGGAAGAACUGAGAAAAACAAGUCCAUUGUUGAGCAGGACACUGGAGAAAUGUGCAGUGGAGGCGGUUGAGCGUCUUUGCCAGGAUAAAACUGGUAGAGCUGUUUCAGCUCUGCUGGAGAAACAUGAUAUCACAAAGUUUGGGAAGCUGAUGUCUGUUGUUGUGCUGAAGACAUGGCCCACAGAUGCCAAUGGAGUUUACAUUGAAGGGGAGGACUUGAUAUUUGAGUACCUUCUAAACUGGCCCAUGGCUAAAACUGUCUUCCAAAUGACAGCUGCAAAAGGAAGACUCAUUGACAAAUUGUCAGAUGAAGCACAAAUCAGAAUGACUUUGGCAAGUUCAGCCUUCAAAUCUGUGGCAGAGAAGUUCCUCAGUGGAGAAAUCCAAAUGAAAACUUUAAACCAAAUCCUUCACAAAGGAUGUGAAUUUAUUGACCUGUUGAAGAUAGAUGGUCACUGUGAUGAUGGUCGCUGUAAAGAUGACAUGAACCUAAAAAGAUUACUGAGAUCAAGAAAAGACGAAGCAGAAGCUGUCCACAGUGAGAAGGAACUGGCCAAGGAUCUUCUACAAAUCUGCCAGGAGCUUCCCCAACAUGUCAAAGUGGACUUCGAGGGUUUGGACAAAAAACUUCAUCAGAACACCGAGAUGAUGAAUCUCAAUGAAUUUAUGAAGGUUUACACUCUUGAUGGACAGACCUCUUCUACAACUGGGAAGGUCACUUAUUUUGACCUUUGUGAUGUGACCCGUCAAAUGGCUUCAGAACUACAUGCCAUUAAAGAUAGCUUAAUCUUCAAAAUGUGCUGGAGGACCCAAGUAGAAGAGCUGUCAAGAGACCAAUCUGAUACAGAUGACACUGAACAUCUUGAUGGAAAUGAAGAAAUCUAUACUCUUGACCAUGUCUACCACAACAUUUUCCAGAGCUGCUACAGCAAGUAUGAAGGGCUUUAUAGUGGUCUGAAGAGUGGGGAAGUGUUGCUGGAGGAAAUAGACAGCAUGGUUGAGAUCUAUGAAGGAAAGUAUGCAGAAUUGCAGAAAGAUCUAGACAUCAUGUGCAGAAUAAAUCCAACUGAUAACAGAAAAUGGAUCAGAGGAAGGAUUUCCCAGAUUCAACACUACCAUGAUCUUCAUCUGGCAAUGGAAUCUGCCAAAAUCAUCAUGGAUAUCAGGAACACACUAUGUCCAGAAGGAGACUUCACAGUACUGGAGAAACUGCUGCAAAUGAAUCAAGCUGACUUCAAGAAAAACAGCCUGGAUUGCAUAGAUGAUACCUUCAUAAAGGCCCAAAAUAUUCUGAAGGACAUUACAGAUAAUCGCAGGAAAUGUCUUGAGGAACUCAGUCUGAGACGAAACUUUGUGCUGUGGGUUAAAGAAGCACUUGAAGAUAUCAAUGAGCUCAAAGUUUUUGUCGAUCUGGCAUCCAUCUCUGCUGGAGAAAAUGACCUGGAUGUGGAUCGAGUGGCCUGUUUUCAUGAUGCCGUCCUUGGUUACUCGUCCAUACUGUAUGGACUGAAGCAGGACUCUGACUUUGAGGACUUCAAGGCAGCGGCCACGAAACUGUGGAAGGCACUUGAAAAUGACAGAAAUAUACCAUGGAAGCUGCGGGAUACAGCACGUCAUCUGGAUUGGUUGAAGACCGUUAAAGAAAGCCAUGGAUCUGUUGAAUUUUCAUCUCUGUCUCUGGCUAAAUCCAUCAAUGAGAGAGGAAUAUACACCAUAAAGGCCCAAAAUCAGAAAAGGCUUGCUUUGGAGACUUCCCUGAUGCUGCAAAUUCAGGACGGACCUGAGAAGAAUAUGACAUGCACCUAUGAGGACCUGAAAGAGUUGCAAAAUAAGCUUAUGCUCAUGUCUGGAAAAGGGGAACAAAAUCAAAGUGAAGUGGAACAAUUCACUGAGGUGUUCGACACUGUCCAAAGGCUUGCCAAAGCAUUUGUAGACCUUUAUGCUGCAGGGAACCCACUCUUCAGGUGUUGGGAAGCCAACAUUUAUUGCAAAACCCAGUGUGAUCCAUGUAUUAUUAUGGAAAUCAACUUUUGCAAGACCCUACAUCACAUCCAAGUAUGCGGAAGUCUAGUUGAACAACUUACAGCACUGUCAAAGAAGAUGGAGUUGUUCCUUGAUGACUGGCGAAACUUCAUGGACAAACAGCGAUCUGAUCACUACUACUUAAACUACUUCACAGCAGAACAACUAUUCUACCUGUGUAGUGUUGUGACACAGACAAAUCUAAAUGCAGAAAUAGAGGAUGAUGCUUUGAUGAUGCUCUCUUUUAUCAAACCAAACUGCACAACAUCGGAUGUCUGGACCACGUGGGGAAGAUUUUGCAAUCAGUUUGAGGCUGGCAAAAGGAUUGAUGAAGGUAUUCACUUUCAAAGCCUCUUUUUUCACCAGGAUGACAGCAAUAUGUCUUCAGCCAAACCAGCAGACGAGGCAGACCAGACUGUUGGUUUGAAAGAACUGGAGGAGUUGUGGAAUGCCUACAUGAAGAAUGAGGGAAUAUUUUUCCAUGACCUUUUGGACAUGAGGAGUUUAGGGGGACUACUACAAAUAAUGACUGUCACAGAAAACCAAACUGAAAAUGAAUGGGAAGAACCAGUGCUCUCAGAGACAAAAGACAAUUCAAUCAGAAGAAAGCUCCCAAAAGGUUUCUCCUCAAAGCAGCCUAAUCUCAUAGUCUGCCCUUACGAUGAGGUCCUGACUUCAAGUAUCUGCUUGUACAUGACCAGUGACUAUGAGCCACUGCCAAGUUAUGAUGAGGUUCUGUUGUGCACCCCUGCAACGUCACAUGAGCAAGUAGAGCUUUUCCUGAGGAGAUGUGUCACACCAGGUGACAGUGGCCAGAAGAUUUACACAAUGCUUUGGGCAGACCAACUAACCUAUGACGUGAGCUGUGCAGUGGAGAAGUGUUUUCAGAAACUGCGUUCUCUGUUUAAACAUGAGUACAGGCUAGUGAUCUUGUGCAGCUCUGACAGAGAACACACUUACAUCCCCACUGCAUUCAGUCAGUUCAAAAGAGACUUUGUGCCACAAGAGCCAUUGGAAACAAUCCAGAAGUACUUGUCGAGGCAUUACACUGUCACAUCAGAUCACAAGAAUGCCCUGUUCAAAGGUGGCCAUUCUGUUGGUAUUGUGGCCUCCCAACGUGCUGGAGUAGGUAAGUCUUUGUAUGUGCAAAGAUUGUAUGAAAAGCUGGAAAGAAGUGUUGAACCAGAAACCGCAUUUAAGAAGUGCAUCCGACUAACUGAUCAUGAGGUUGAUGACCACAAGGUUCUCCAAUCGUUGUAUGACACACCAAAACAAAAAGAUAUCAAAGUGUUUCACUUUGAUGUCACAUCCUCGGUGCAAAAAGGCUUGAAUGAAUUCCUAUUCAAGCUCUUCGUUUUGCGGUACCUGAUGGAUUCAGAUGGACGGAUGUGGCGUUGCAGCCACAAAGACUUGUACAUCAUUGAGUUACUGGAAUCCAUGAAUUGUCCGCCUGGAUAUGCCCCCAGAUCUGGACGAAAGGAAAACUUUGCAUUUUCGGACAUUUUCCCUAAGGUGUUUUGUCGUCCACCAAAGGAGGUUAUGGCUUUGGAAAUGAGGAGAGAGGAAAACGCUGACAUGGAGAGUGCAGACCCCCUCAUGGAUGAUGAGUGUUUCAGGAGUGAAGCUUACCAGAGACCAUACCAGUACCUCACACGUUUUUACAACAAUCAGAAUCUUGACAACUUCACUUACCAGGGCAUUGAAGGGAGUCAUGGAAAGUGUCUUCAGAUAAUUUUAAUCCACUGUGGCAUAAUAGAUCCAUCAUGGGCGGAGCUACGUAACUUUGUCUGGUUCCUAAAUCUUCAAUUGCAAGACUGCGAGGACUCAGUUUUCUGCAACUUUGAGUUUGUUGGCGAUACUCUUCGUGGCUUCAAAAGCUUUGUGGUUGAGUUUAUGAUCUUGAUGUCCAAAGACUUUGCAACCCCAUCACUAUGCAUCACUGACCAGAGCCCAGGGAGGCAACAAAUUGAAAUCAGUGGGCUUAAUGAAAGAGACUUAGCUCCAUUCCUCAUCAGAAAAAAGUGGGAGUCUGAGCCACAUCCAUACAUCUUUUUUAAUGAUGACCACACGUCCAUGACUUUCAUUGGGUUUCACCUCAAGCUCAAUGCCCAGAAAGGGGUUGAUGCCAUAAAUCCUUUGACAGAAGAAGUGAUAAAGAAAAACAUCAUGACUCAAGAGCUGUACACCGCCUUAAGACUUCAGAGAGUACCUUUUAACAGGGACUUUGAUCAGCUUCCUCGAGCUGACAAGAUUGAGCAUCUCUGUAGUGUGCUUGGCAUCAAGUGGCCAACAGAUCCUGAUGAAACAUAUGAACUGACCACUGAUAAUAUCCUCAAAAUGAUGGCAAUCCAUAUGCGAUUUAAGUGUGGUAUCCCUGUCAUCAUAAUGGGUGAGACGGGAUGUGGUAAGACAAGGCUCAUAAAGUUCAUGUGUGAGUUGCGAAGAUGUGGAGCACCAGCAGAAAACAUGAAACUGGUCAAGGUUCAUGGAGGAACUACAUCAGAAAUGAUACACGAGAAAGUGAAGGAAGCAGAAACUCUUGCAAUGGCCAAUAAGGAGAACCAUGAAUUUGACUCAGUUCUCUUCUUUGAUGAAGCAAACACCACAGACGCCAUCAGCAGCAUCAAGGAGAUAAUUUGUGAUAACUCUGUGCAAGGACAACAACUCAGUUCUCAAACAGGACUGCAGAUUAUUGCUGCCUGCAACCCCUACAGGAAGCAUACAGACAAGAUGAUAGAAAGGCUAGAGGCAUCAGGAUUGGGCUACCGGGUAAGGGCUGAGGAAACUGUUGACAGGCUUGGGUCCAUCCCUCUCCGCCAGCUUGUGUAUCGUGUUCAUGUGUUACCCCCCAGCAUGAUUCCUCUUGUUUGGGACUUUGGGCAGCUCAGUGACUCUACAGAGCAAAUGUAUAUCAAACAAAUAGUGCAAAGACAGGCGAAGGCCAACAUGAUUGAGAAAUGUUAUAUUCCAACUAUAACUAAGGUGAUGUCAUUAUCACAAAAGUUCAUGAGGGAGAGGAAAGACGAAUGUAGCUUUGUCAGUUUGAGGGAUGUUGAACGUUGCAUGCAAGUGUUGGUAUGGUUUCACAAAAAUCACCACAUGUUUGCUAUGAAACUGAGAGCGUUCCUUCAAGAGCAAGUUCAGAAGAAAAAAAACACAAACAAGCUACGAUUCUUACCUGCAUGUGACAGAGUAAUCUGGUCACUCUUGAUGGCCACUGGAGUGUGCUAUCAGUCUUGCUUGGAGGACAAAAAGCCAUAUUGGACAACUAUCAGCCAGUUGCUUCCUGUUGAAUACAACACAAAGAUAAUACAGUGGGAAAUCCAACUCAUGCAGGACCUCCUACUCAAUGGGGUACCCAUGGGUAAGACAAUAGCCAGAAAUGAGGCUUUGAAAGAGAAUUUCUUCAUGAUGGUGAUCUGUGUUGAGCUAAGAAUUCCCUUGUUUAUUGUUGGGAAACCAGGGAGCUCCAAAUCACUGUCCAAAACCCUAGUUGCAGAUGCAAUGCAGGGCCCUGCCUCACAUUCCGAUCUCUACAAGAAGCUGAAACAGAUACAUCUGGUGUCUUUCCAGUGCAGCCCUCAUUCAACUCCUGAAGGAAUCAUCAACACAUUCAAACAGUGUGCCCGCUUUCAAGAAAGCAAAAACUUGGAUGAAUACAUCUCAGUGGUUGUUCUUGAUGAGAUUGGAUUGGCUGAGGAUUCCCCUAAAAUGCCAUUGAAAACACUGCACCCACUACUGGAAGAGGGCUGUGUUGAUGAUGAGCCACAACCCCAUAAACGGGUAGGGUUCAUUGGAAUUUCCAACUGGGCACUGGACCCUGCCAAGAUGAAUCGUGGGAUAUUUGUGUCCCGUGGAGAUCCAAACCAGCAAGAGCUGAUAAAAAGUGCUAUGGGGAUAUGCUCCUCUGAAGAAAAGGUUCUUGAAAAGAUCAGACGCCUCUUUGAGCCCUUUGCAAAAGCUUAUAUGACAGUAUGCAGAGAAGGCAGAGGCUUUUUUGGUCUGCGGGAUUUCUACAGUCUGAUAAAGAUGGUAUUUUCAAUUACCAAAAUCUCUAAUGAGUGUCCUACUUCAGAUGAAAUCACCAGAGCAGUCCUGAGAAACUUCAGUGGAAAAGAUGAUGUGGAUGUGAUGGCCAUAUUUAAUGAAGAACUCAGGGAGGAUUGCGCAAACGCCAAAGUCACCACCAUUGAUAUGGUCGAUCAAAGCAUCUCAGCUUGCCAAGUGGAGGAAAAUCGUUACCUGUUAAUCCUCACAAAAAACUAUGCAGCUCUUCAGAUUGUCCAACAGAUAUUCCACUGUCACCAAAUCCAUCCAGAGAUCAUCUUUGGGUCUAGUUUCCCAAAGGAUCAGGAGUACACGCAGAUUUGUAGGAACAUCAAUCGUGUGAAGGUUUGCAUGGAGACUGGACAGACAGUUGUGCUUCUGAACCUUCAGAAUCUGUACGAAAGUCUGUAUGAUGCUCUCAACCAAUACUAUGUGACCCUAGGGGGUCAAAAGUAUGUUGAUCUUGGAUUGGGAACACAUCGAGUGAAAUGCAGAGUUCACAAAAACUUCAGGCUCAUUGUUAUUGAAGAGAAAGAAGUGGUCUACAAGCAGUUUCCAAUCCCACUGAUUAACAGGUUGGAGAAGCACUACCUUGACAUGAAAACUGUUCUCAGUGAUGAGCAGGAGUACAUUGCCAGUCAACUACAGGAAUGGGUUGAUGAUUUUGUCUCCUUAAGCAGACAACACUCCACGAAAAAGCAAUAUGUUCCAAGUGAUGUCUUUAUCGGUUACCACUCAGACACAUGCUCGUCUGUGGUCUUGCAAGUAACCAAGAAUCACAGUGAUGAAACAGAUGCACAGACCAUGCUGGACAAAGCCAAAAACACUCUGCUUAACUGUGCUACCCCAGACUCUGUCGUUCGUUUGGACAAAUCCAGACUGCCUGAUGAGGAAACAGAACAUUUAACAGAAGAGUAUGUUAAAGAGGAGAUGCACAGGUCAUUGGGAGACUACAUUGUCUAUCACACACAGCACUUGAAACUGCCCAGCUUCUUCUUCACUGAGGUCACCACAUUUUCCAGACUACUGACUGCAGGAGACACUCAAGAACUGCAAAAUGUGACAAAGCUUGAUUACAUCAAGCUGCUAUCACUGCAGCAGUUUGACACAGAGUACUCUUUUCUCAAGGAAAUCAGGGAAUUUCUUGGCUCAACACAUGAAGACAAAGUGCUCAUUAUCCAAACAGAGUAUGAUGAAGAUUCACACAGAAAGAAUAUUCUUUCGUCAGCCAAAUAUUCAUGCAUCAAUGAAAUGAGCAAGUGGGCCACUACAGACAACACAAAGACUUUUGUGUACUUUGUCAGCAAACUUCCUCGCAUUGAGGGUGGGACCUCCUAUGUUGGGUUUCAAGGCGGUCCAUGGAUGUCUGUUCACAUUGAUGAUCUCAGAAGAUCAAAAGAGUUUGUGUCUGAUGUUCAUUCCUUGAAGAAUCUACACAUAAGUGACCUUUUUGAAGAUCCACCUGAAGCCAUGGAGACAGAAGAGCACAUUGGUGUGACACAAAAUGACUCCGCUGAUUUGGGAGAUUUGUUUGAUACUGAAGAUCUGGUGAAGAGCUGUGUGCAGAGUGCAGUCAGCAUGCUCAGAGAUGCAGAAGACAGCGGAGAACUCAGCACUAAGAGAAUUGAAAACCUGCUCACACUUCUGGAUGGAAGUCAGACACAAGGUGUGUUUGCAAACAUUUUGAGGAAGCGUCUUCGCAUGUUGUUAGAGGAGUAUGAGGCCAGCAUCCCCAGUCCAAAAAGCUGGGUACUAAGUGAGGCAUCUAAUGCCACUGCUCUUCAAGAGGGAGGAACGUUCCUACACACACUGUGGAGGAAAAUCCAAGCAGUUGUCACUCCGCUUCUGGCCAACUUGGUCUCAGUCAUUGACCGAGAUUGCAAUUUAGAUCUUCUGUUUGAUGGGGAUGAUGUCAGGAACUUAUGGCUUGAGAUAUUUGGGAGCAAAGAGAUGCUGCAUGUACCUUAUGUGAGGGAUGAAAACAAGGUAUUGUUGGUACAAAGCCAUACCACAGGUGGCAACACCAUGCGUUGCCUCAUGCCUUUCAGCUGGUGGAUCAAAGACUUCCUGGAUGGGCUCAUGAUGCAAACAUCCAGACAUGAAACUCAUUCACCUGGUCAUUUCCGAGACUUGUUCUUGAACACUCCACUUGGCAGUUACAUGGCUAAAAAUGUGAAUGAAAAAAUGGGAAAAGAAUUUCUUGAAAGGUACCUACAGGAUUUUGUUUCCAUGACAAUGAAAGUGCCAUCAGAUGAAGAAUUAAAGCUCUUGUGUCAGGCCCUGGCCAGCUGUGUUGAUGAAAUACAGAGACGAAAAAAAGAUGAAGAUGAGCUUUCUCUCCCUCACAUCCACAUCGCCUACCAUUUCUACCAAAGUCGUCUUCAGAACCUCUCUUGGAUGAUUUCUCUGCAUCCUGAGAUUGUUUAUGCUUUGCGUAGAAACCAGCACAUUAGACAUUGUCCAGAGAUGGUUUUGGAUGUUCUUGCAGCCAAGGCAUGUGUUGAAUACCUGGGGUCUCCUGAUUUACAUACUGAUGCUCUUUGCCAGCGCUGGCUGAAGCAGGUGAAGAGGCUGCAAGCUUCUUUGGAGUUGAUUUGCUCCCAACAAAACACCAAACAGUAUGGAGAGCGAUGCAGAGAAAGACUCCGUGAUGUCGGUAACGGCUGGAAGCGCAUCUACAUCCUCUCAUUGUUUGUGGAACACAUGCUGCUGGGUUUCCAUCAUGAAGAGAAUUGCCUCAGAGAGUUGGUCUUCAGUAACAUUCAAACCUUAAGCAGGGUUCUGGAGGGAAACACUGAUGUAAAAUCACUGAAGGCUUUUCAAGCUGUGAUUAAAGUACUGAACUCCUGUAAGCAGGGGGCAAGUGACCAGAUUUUCAGGUUUGGACCUCAAUGUGUGGUGUGCUUGAAAGAGCCUCAGGACCCUGUGGGGCUGCCAUGUGAUCACAUCUGCUGCUUACCAUGCAUCAAGGCCAGCCUGGAUGCAGGGCGGCCUUCGUGUCCCAAUUGCAGGCAACAGUUACAAAAUGACUUUCAGCCACAUGUCUCUGAAGACAUCAGGGCUUCUUUCAAGAGAAAUGCAGAAUUCAGGCGACGCUGCAAUGGUUUCUUCAUAGAUAUGCUCUCCACUGUGUGCUUCAAGGACAACAUACCGCCAACCCAAGGUGUCAUCACCCAUCUGCUGUCCUGCAUGAGGGUUGAGACAGAAGAUGAACAGAUUCACACCAAAGAUCUGUCACCUUUCAAGGAGUGCCCAGAUAACAAUCCAGUUGUGCGAUCUGUGAUUCUCAAGCUGCUGCUGAAGUUCAGCUUUGAUGACGUCAAGGAGUAUUUGCAACAGCAUUUGUCAUCUGUUGAAGAAAGCAGAUUUGUGGAUGAGGGUGAUGAAGCAGAGCUUUAUGCCUUGUACAUCAACUGCUUGGAGGACUCCAUGUGGGAGAAAUUGCCUCUGGAAGACAACAAGACUGAAGAGUUGGAGCCACUUUUCAGGGAUGAGACACAAUUCCUGCACUUCUUUUUGGCUGAAGUCCCUUCUGUUCCAACAACAGUGUCUAUUCAAUAUCUACAGCACAUCGCCCGAUUGCGUCUGUCCCUCACAAUGGCCACCAGUCUCAUCACUGACUGUCUGUCUGACAACAACGUCCCAGAUGGAGCAGAAGAUUUCCUGAAGAUGGUAAUUAAGCUCUGUGAGGAUAGUGGGAAUGAUUGGUACCGUGUUUACCUGAUCCGCAAGCUCAGUGAACAGCUUGGUGUCGAGCAUGUCCAGACGCUGGUGAAACAACCAGAGUUCAGCUGGCUUUUCCCUGCAGAGAUCCAUCAACAGAAUGAAGAUGGAGGCCAGAUGGACCAGUAUCUUGUAUAUGGAGAGGAAUACAAGGCGGUGAGGGACGCAGUUGCAAAGGCAGUCGUGGACGGUGAUGUCGAGCAGAUUGAAGAAGUCUGUGAGAGAUGCACCGCACCACCAAGGAAUCGAACAGUGUUCAUCCUCCUGGCACUUUUCCGAGAGGUUACAACUCUGUACAGGUCUGACAACAUGGGUUUUCAUCCAACCCCUGAGAGAUGCCAAGCAUUUGGAGACUUCAUCCAGGGGUCCAGGUAUUUGCAUCAAAGAGAAGUAAGGGAUUUUGCCUCAGCCUUGGUUCACAACAGAUUGGGAGCCCUGACCAUCCACCCUGGAAAUACUAUUGUGGGAAAUGCUGUCAUCGAGCUGACCAUCCAUCUGGCAGCUGUGCUGCUCACUGGGACUCACCUCCUGCUGAUGCCUCUCAAACAACUUGGUCUGUUUCCUGAAAAUAUGCAGAACGCUUUCAUACCGACAAUGCCUGAUGACAUGUUAGCUGUUGCCCAGGCAGCCAUACAACAAAACCAUGGGCAGCUCACUUGGUAUGUGUGUCAGAAUAAUCACCCAUGCUUUGUUGAUAAGUGCGGCCUGCCCAUGCAGAGAGGCCAAUGUCUGGAGUGUGGCCAGGAGGUUGGAGGGGAGCAGCAUAGAGCCUUGCCUGGAUUUACACCAAUUCAGUUGCCGCAGGAUCGCACAAGAACUGGCCACAUCCUGGGAGACCCUGAGCGGAGAAACAACCCAGAUGCCCUGGACACCAAAAACAUGUCUUUGACUCCCUUCACUCUGGUCAGACUGGUUACACAUUUGGCCAUGUUGCUGGGAACCUCAGAGAAGUCCCAGUCUGUCCAGCACAUCAUCCAGUCUCCUGUGGAGGAUGUUUGUUUGUUUCUCACUCAACACAUAAUGAAGGAUCUGGAUCAGCUGUCACAGGCACUGGGAAGAGGAGUUGAUGACACCAUUACAACUGCCCACUUGGUGCUCAGAUCCCUACUAGACCUACAGCAGGCCAAUCACUCUGGUAUUGAUCAAUACUUAACAACCAAAGAAUCCAGAAACUCCUGGGAGACUACUAUGGCUGCAGAAAUUAUGACAUCUCAGCUGAAGGAUGUUGAUCAGUUCCUGCAAGAAGGAAAGGGCAGCAUCAGGACUGACUCUCGCGUAUCUUCCAACUUCAUCAUGAGGACGACCUUCGGUGAUGAUUGUACUUUCCUGACGUCGCUGCCGCAGGGCUCUCAGGUCCACAGCACAGCAGUUUGGAGCUGCAGGGAGAGGCUCUCACUGCUCAGUCUCAAACACACCAUGGAGCACAAUGACCAAAAGGAGGAGCUGCCUCUGCUCUGGAGGUUCCUGCAGAAGGAGAGAGAAUUUCGCCAGAUUAAGUUCCUUCCAGACAUCGUAAUCCUGCAAAAACGUCUGGUGAGAAAGUUCCAGAAUGCAUCUGACCAGAUAGCGGGCUCCAUCACAGAGUUCAUUGAAAAGCAAACAGAAAUGAGGACAUGGUAUGAAAAACGCAUUGACAUCUUUCUGAAAACCUGGAAUCUGCUCAGAGUGUCUGUAACCAGCAGUGAGAUGAAAAUUCCAGAUGAAUUUUGCAGUGAGGAUUUGGACCUGGACAGCGACCUGCAGUACCUCCUGCCCCGGCGGCAAGGUCCAGGCCUGUGUGCCACAGGGCUGGUCAGCUACCUUGUGGCACUACAAAAUGAGCUGGUGUACGCUGUGGACAGUCACACCAGAGAGGACAGCAGCAGUUACAGGUUGAGUGUGGCGGAGCUGGCGGAGCAGCAUGUGAUCCGCUAUGAUGUGGAGAAGGACCUGCUUCCUCUGGUUUUAUCCAACUGUCAGUACAACUUGGAACGUGGCCAUGAGACAAUAUCACAGUAUGACCUGCCCAGGAUCCAGCAGCAGAUCCUCACACGCUUCCUUCAGGGAAAACCCCUCAUCACCUGCACAGGAAUUCCCACUCUGGUCAAGACACAAGAGAGAGACAAUGAAACCAUUUUCAAAGCUGUUAAAGGAAAAGUACAUCAGGAGCCUCUGUCCUCUUUGAUACGAAACGCCGUGUCCAGAGAGCUGGAGUCCUACAGCGAGGUGUGUGAGGCGUUCAGGAUCAUGGAGCUGCUCCUGGGUUUCCUCUCAGUGACCGGUGGUGAUCCCAUGAUGAAACUGGUCACUUACCUUGAGGAUGUGCUGAAGAUGGCCGACCACAUCAAUCAUCACAUAUUGCAGACUCUGAGCAGAUGCACCCUCAGACACUGUGUUUCACUGUGGCAACUGCUCUCCUCUCUUAAAUCUGAAAACAUGCUGCGUCUAAAGAGGGAGCCCUUUUCUGGGUAUCCAGCUGAAUACCAGAUGCCGCUGACAGAGGAAGACAAGCUUGAGCUGAAAGGCUUCGUGUCCAGAGGAAACAUGGACCAGUGGCUUCUUGAGAUGCACGAGUUCCUCCUGUUGAGACUGGGCCGCCCGCGGGCCACUGAGCAAUACAAUCCUUCUUGGAGUGUGAAAGAAACUGUGGCUGCCUACGUGGACUGCAAAGAAGUGGAGGUGCCUCGUUACCUGGAGGACAAGUUCCCUGAAAAUCUGCAGCUGUGCCAGAUUGUAGAGACCUGGAAAUACGGCGUCACCACCAAACAGGACUUAAUGAUGAAGGGAUGAACUGGAGGAGAGAUUUUUUUUGUUUUUCAGAUUAAUUUGUUAUUCACUCUAGAGACCGAAGGAGUUGAUUGUGUCUUUUUUGAUUUGUAUCUGUUUUUUGUUUUUUCUUCUCUGUGAUGAUUAUGUAUGGAAAGAUUUAAAAAAUAACCUUAAAAACAAUGAAGCACACCAAGACUAAGUAAAUUUGAGUGGAUGAUGCCCUGAAUAUAUAGUUUGUGUAGCGUUGUCAUGAGCCAGCUUCUCAUUUACUGCCUUUUAUUAAUAGAAAUAAUUUGAAGAGUUACUGUCUGAGUCUCAUUUGAAAAAAAUCUCAGGAUAUACUCAGGGAAAUGUUUGACUUACACAAGAAUAUAUUGUAUAUAUAUUAUAUCUGUUUCAUGAUUAUGUUUACCUACAUUUUUUGGAUUUAGUUUAUUUCACUAUUGACCACCAAAAUCCAACAAUGAAGGUUCUGAGUCUGUAUGAUGGUACGAUGAAGUCGUAAAGAAAACAUAUCAUAUUGCAUAUUUUUCAUUUUAUUUUUAUUUUUCUUACAUAUUGAGGUACUUUGAAUGUUUAUUUGCAUUUAAUGAAGGUAAAAUGGUCUCUGAACAAAACCUUGAUGAUUAUGUUAAAAUAUCUCUGGUGAAGUUUUUAUCUUAUUUGUAUGUGUUUUUCUUCAGUCUGGUCAUGUUUGGGAUCAGGGACUUGAGAGAAUCAUGAACAAAGUGUCUGUGAUGACACCCAUCGCUGUCUGCAGGAACGUUUGAAAGCCUGUAUAUGGGUGUACUCUUCUUCACUGACGUAAAAUCAGGAGAAAGGAAGCAAAUCUCCCAAAUUUUAAGUUUCUUUAUGUUUAAACCUUUUGAGAUUUUUAUCUUUUUAUCUCUAAGCCUUUUAAGUCUUAAUCUUAAUAUUUCAUUAAUAAAACAACCUUUAAAACGUAGAACAUAAUGUGUGUUACAAGGUUCCAAAAUCUGCUUAGAUACUGGUUAGAAGCCAAAAAACAGAUGUGAUUUUAUGUAAAACGGUGAAAAGCAUGUAAACAUUGACAAUUAUAAGGCAAGUUUAAAUCAUUGAUUACUAUAUUUGAAUUACAUUCAUAUUUGUUAAAUAAUCAAUAAAUCAAUUUAUAUACGCAUGUGAAGUCUGAGUCUUCAUCAAUCAUUCAUACUGUAAAUAACUUGUUUUGAGUUUGAACUGAUUUUUUUUUAAUGAAACUUGAUAUUGUGGUCACUAAAUUAAAGCUAUAUUUAAUCCAUCAUAAUUUAAUUAAUCUGAUAACCGAUAACCAACAGAUGAGAUUCUGAUCACUCAGAUCUGGAUUUGGUAAUCCAGUUCAACCCUAACUGGGUUUACAUGUUGUGUUUUUAAAAACUAUGUUUAAUAAUUUUGAUACACACAGGGUAAUAUUUAUAUCAUUCAAGAUAUCAAAUCCUUCUAGUCAAUAAUGAACUAAUAAGAAUGCAAAUAUGCUGGAUUUUUUAUCAAUUAAAUUUUUGUCCUCAUUAUGAACCCUGUGCUACAUGACGACUUUUCCCUAGUUUCCAAUUAAAAAAAUACUGUUUGCUGAUCCAGGACAGAUAUUAAGAUUUACAAUCUCUAUAUAAUUCAAAGGCCACACUUAGUCAGGGCAAUUAUGACAAUAUUAUAUUGUACUUUGAUUUCAGAUUGUUUUGACUAACAGGACCAAUAGCAGCCAAUCCUGGAUGUAUCUUUACACAGAGGAUCAUUUCUAAAGAAAUACAACCGCUUUAACAAAAGUUGUUUUAUUCUCAUGUUCUCAUGUAAAUAAAUUACAACAUCGUCUUUUGUUACAAAAAUAAAAUGAAACCCGACCAACUUGACACAUGUUGGACUCAUCCAUGUCAGACUUAAGAACAUGAGAAACCUUUUUUUUCCCCCCAGCAUCAUUAUGUGUUGUCUUACAAAUGCUUUAACAAAAGUGUAUUCAUUUUCAGGGACUGAAUCGUCAUCUGGUGACUGCUGGUCUACUGUUAUCACCUGCUGUGAUCGCAUUGUUCAGUGCAGCAGCCAAACUAAAAGGUUGCAAACGACAGAACGUCACAAACAACACAGAAAUAAAGAGCAAGAUAAAAAAAAAUAUUCAUGCAACAAAAGUUGGGGCUGGGCAGUUUCUUCACCAAUGAAAACUACACCUGAGGAGACGAGUUGACAAGCAAACAACCAAAAAAAAACCUAAACAUAAAAACCUCACUCCAGUGUACCAACUGAGGGAAAACCUUUUAUAUAUAUAAAAUGUAAAGUUGUAAUGAUACAUAUUACAAAUUGAUACUAGAGGAGAGGUUUAUGAGCUUUGACUGAUACACUGGUUUAUGGUUAUAAAAAAUGUUAACACCAACUUACAGAUGCUAAAAAAAAAAAAAAAA